AGAAGGUUAUGCUGUAUAUGCCGCAAAUCAUGUAAUCUGCAUCGGGUACCGCCAGCAAGAUGCAGUAAAUACGGAAGUCACUGGUUACGUGACUCAGACCUCGCAUCCUGGAUUGGCUCCACAUGAAGUGUUCUUGAAGCUGCAACAGGACAUUUCUAAAUGGACACUGAAAUGUUCUUGCAAAGCUGGAACAGCUAAAUGCAAGCAUAUUGUUGCAUGUUUGCUCCAUAUAGAGAAACACCCAAAACUCGAAUACCUUUCAUGUACAGACGUGAAACAAGCAUGGGGUAUGACCAAAUCGAGGAAACCGGUGCCUUGGAGGGCAAAGCGAAUCAAGGACCUAUGCUGCGUGACUCAACCAUAUGGCCUUCCUUGCUCUGUUUCAAACAGUCAAACCGAGGAGGAAAUUUUGUCCACGUCGUUCAACCGAAUUUUAUCAGUUUCGAAACAAUCAGCAAUCUUCAAACAUAUUGAAGGGCGUUUUUUGAACGAGCUCAAAACGUAUCCUAAUCGAGCCUUGCAGAAUUCAGUUGAAGGUGACGAAUUGAAUAUCUACAUCACUGAAGAAGAACUCACACGAUGCCUGAACCUGAACUUGUCCAAAAUUUAUGUUCAGGAUUGUAAUAUGAGUUCAUUCGAACAAUCGGAAUAUUAUAAAAAUUACGUUAAUGUUGAUAUCACUAAGGUAAUAAGAAUUGCAUUGGAAACACGUGACCAAUCAACCAAUGACUGGAAAAUUCACCGUACCAAGAGAAUUACGGCAAGUUCGGCUUACAAAUUAUUCACCUAUCUUAAAAAUAAAAACCCAGAUUGGGGUAAAAAAAUUGAGCAAUAUUGGGAUAUAAAAGGAAUAAAUGUUAAAGCCACUAAGUAUGGAAAGGACACCGAACAACUUGCAUAUGACUGCUACAAGAAAAAUCGUAAUCCUCUUGUGAAAAAAUGUGGCUUGGUGGUUCACCCCAAUGAGUGUUGGAUAGCUGGCUCUCCAGAUGGCGUCGACGUUUAUUCUCAGGUGCUGCUUGAAAUCAAAUGUCCAGGCAACGAAGAAAUGUCGUUAGCGGACCUCUUGGACUCUGCUGCUGUUAGACGAUAUAUCAAAAAUUCUACCACAUCAGAUAUUAAAUUGUCCGAGCAGCAUAUGUACUAUUGUCAAAUUCAGAUAAACAUGUGGAUAUUGAAUUGUAUUACAUGCGACUUCAUCAUAUACUCUAAAAAAGAUGAUGAUUUUAUAGUAAUCGAAGUUCCGUUUGACAAAAGCUUCACACAAAAUAUGAUAAAUGAAUUGAAAAAACUGUACUUUAACCGUAUGCUGUCACAAUUAGUUAAGAAUAAUGUUUAAAUUAUGCUGAGAGUAAAUAUGGUUUGUUUUGCGAAUAACUUAUUUCUAAAAUAAAGAAAUCAUCAACUAAUGGAAAUCUUUAUUAAGUUUCAGUAUUUAUAGUGAUGGUAAAGAAUACAAUUGACAAUUAUAUAUGUUUAUAAUGUAUAUUUUUUAUGACAAGGACCUAACCAGGAUUGAUCUUCUUGGCAUACUUUCCUAUUUAUCUCAAAUUCGGUGUAAAUAUUUCGCUCACUUCUUGAUUUUAUUUGGUUCUUCACUUGGUUUAUGUUUAAUUAUUCAA